AUGAUGGCGAACGCGGCGACUGGUGACCUUUUCGUAGUACGCGUCGCCGCGGGUGGCGAUAACGCGAGGUCGUCGGUCGGAGGCGCGACGUUGCCAGCCCUCCGCGGCAUUCGGUGCCCACGUUUCCACGGAUUACGAAAGUGUCAGCGAAAUCCCCGCGGCCCUUUGAUACCGUUUGGAGUCAUAUUGGUUGCGGCAGAGGGAGUGAAAUACUUUAAGUUAAGAAAGCCAAGCGAAGACACGGGCGCGUAUCUGCGUCAGAACUGCGCAAUGCAAUAUCGAGAACCGCGAACGCUUGCCAAUGGGAGAAGU